AUGCCCGUUUGGGCAAAAGUUGUGGAUAGUUUUUCUGAGUGCCGUGAGUUCUUUUAUAAGGAUACUGAACCUCAGGGCAUGGAUCAGAAUGCCAUGAAGAUUUGCCAACAAUUUGAAUUUGGUGGCAGUUUCUACGCUUCACUAUACUCAACAUUCCACAGGAUUCCUUUGUAUAGUGCCUUCACGUAUGACAACACCUGCACACACUCCGGAGGAGAAAGAAGCAGCCAGUGGAAGAUUGAGCCCCAGCUUUCUGGGAUGUCAUCAGACAAAAUGGAACUAGAGGCUGGGUAUAACAGAGACACAUUAAAAGAUAAACAAGCUGUGAAUGAAGACUACGGCUACACAGGCUAUGACAGAGGGCACCUCAACCCCAACAGCUUCCAGUGUGAGGAUGGCCGCGACGCUACAUUCACCCUGACCAACAGUGCCCCCAUGGACGCCUGCUUCAACCAAGUGCACUGGAAACACUGGGAGGAAGCCGUUAAAUUAAUCCUAAAGAAGGAAGAUUCUCCGGGAACUGCCUACAUAGUCACAGGAACUGUACCAUCUAAACAUUAUCGUAUACCAAGACAAGGUGAAUUUGACCCCCCCAAUUCAAGGGACUUCUACAGAGUAACCGUCCCAACGCAUAUCUGGUCCGCUGUUUGUUUUACGAGUGAUGUGGAUGAUGAGAAGUCUUUUUCAUUUGGUUAUAUAGGGUUAAACCAGCCAGACAGCAAAAUACAUGUUAAGACUGUACCACAACUAAACCAUGAAUUGUCACAGCUGUACCAUUCUAAUGUGCAAGUGUUUGUUGAUGACUGUUACUCUAGUAAGCCCAAGUCAGAAAAAGUUAUUCAAAGUCUGUAUCGCCGCAUCCAGCUACCUAUAAGUGACAAGCUGACCAUGUCUGAGGAGACUCUUAACCUGUUUCACACAGCUGUGACCCUGUUUGAUGAUAAACAAACAGCAGUGAAAAGGCCUAGAUUAACAUCUGCGACAAUAGAAGGGGUUUUCAGCAGUGCCGAGGCUUGGUUUGAGAGCACAGAGACCAUGAAGUAUGUAUCUAUGUCAACAUGUGUCCAGUCCCAGCCAUAUACAGGACCUGUUAGCAGUCACACAGAGCUUAAAAAUCGAGAACUCCCUGAUGGUUCCCAGGAGCUGGUCUGCAGCCUCAUUCCAGAAGUGGAAGAGGGCUGCACCAGCUCUUGCCUGUACAAGGAGGAGGUUCUAGGCUACCGAUGCUACUUACAUUCAUCUGAAUUGUCAUGUUCCCCUCAGUACUCCAUAAUAACAGUCAGUGGAACCAAGUGUAGAAGUGACCACACCUGUGGAACUCACGGCUACCGGUACUACUGGUGCUACACUGACUCCUCAUGGGACUAUUGCAGUCCCCCAUUACCCAUUGGCAAAGGAGUCGGAACUAAAAAAGGAAACGGGAAACACUGCCGCUCCAACCACAACUGUGGCUGGUAUGGUGCAAAGUACACCUGGUGCUACACUGAUUACAAUAACCACUGGGACCAUUGCUGUAGCGUGGAUGAUCGCUUCUCUGCUCUCAAUGGCAGGACCUGUAAGUCUGACCAUCCGUGUGAUUACUAUGGUGAAAAUUACCUUUGGUGCUGGACCAAAGAUGACACCUGGGACUACUGCUGCACCCAGUGA